AUUUGCGUUGCGUUCCUCCUCUUCCACCUAAGAUGUGUUUGUAUAAUAACAAUAAUAAUAUAUUACAAACAAUUGUUUAUGGAACAAAUCAAUUUAAUUCCGAUGGCUUGCUGUGGUGGUCAUAACUUAAGAUUAAGCCUUCUAUUGAAAGAAGUACUGUGAAGUGUGAAUGGUUGCCUAGAUCCUGGAACGAUAAGUACCCGGUCGAAUCGAUGCACGUAUGAAGCGCGUCUUACUUAGUAGACAUUCUCUUACAAGUGAGAAUUGUAGGAUAGCCAGUGGAACAAUCUUUCUUACCUUGAGAUAAAAAUUUAAUUGGAUAUAAAAACGAUAAUCAAACCAAUGUUGCAUUUUAAUGUAUCUGAUGUUGUUUUAUACUGAAUAAAGCCAAUCAAGUCAACAAGACGUUAUAUUGUUUACAACGGACAGUUCUGUUUGAAAACAAAUAUGGGUUGUGAUCGAGAUAGUUUUUAUCUACCAAUUUAUUCGACGGAAAAGACGGACUUGCAUGGGCUCCCUGGGAUAUUUGGUGACGGUGGUACUGUCAGGAAGCUAAUUUGGAUAAUUGUAACUAUCGCAGCAUGGGUUAUUGUAAUUUACGAAACAGCUUUGCUUUUUAUAAGCUUUUUUGAUUAUCAUCAUGUUACCAAAGUGGACAUAGAAUAUAAAAACACAGUGGUUUUUCCGGCCAUUACUGUCUGUAAUUUCAACAAAUACAGAGAAUCAGCGUUUACGCAGGACGAUAUCGUCAAUGUGGGCUACCAUCUUGGAAUCCUUGACGAAAAUCGUAAACUGCUUUCACCGGGGCUUUACACCGAUGAAUUUGCUGCUAAAGUUAACGCCAUUAACUGGACAACUACAGUCGAAGAUCCGAACUUCAACAUGACAGAUUUUGUUAAAAGAACCGGUCACCAAAAAGAGGAUUUUAUUGUUAAGUGUUUGUGGAGAGAAGAAGAUUGCGAGGAAGAUGACUUUAUGCAUGUCUUUACUCAUUUGGGAAAUUGUUAUACAUUUAAUAAGUUCUCAGCGGAUAAAGACAGAAAAGUAUCCCUUAACGCCGGUGCAAGCAAUGGAUUACGAUUGAUCUUAAACAUGGAAGUGGAGCAGUACACACCGACCAAUGAUCUGGGUGGAGACGCCAUGGACGUUGGCGUGAAGAUCAUGCUCCAUCUACCAGCAGAACCUCCGUAUCUCAAGGAACUGGGUUUUGUGGCGUCGGUUGGGCAGCAUACAUACGUUGCUAUGCGACAUUCGCAGAUAACAAGUUUGCCUCUGCCAUACACGGAAUGUCAGUCGGAGGACACUGCUGGUUACUACGACUCCUACUCUCUCCAAGGUUGCCGUAUCGAAUGUGAAACAAAAGCGGUUGAAAAAUAUUGUAAUUGUCGUCUUGUUGAGCAACCGACUGGGGAUGGCUUCCCGGUUUGUAGCCCUAAUCAAACACAUAUAUGUGCUGAAGAUAUCCUUCUUCAAGUAACAGAAGGCAACUUGCCGGAUGACGUGUGCGAAUGUCGAUCUCCAUGCGAAGUUGAAGAUUUUCCAUUUAGUACGACCAAUGCCAAGCUACGAACCAACUUCAUGUCGCGUAUCUUUAAUGGCACAUUCAAUUUCACUGCUGACGACAUCCAGAACAAUGUUGCAGUUGUAUCAUUAUUUUACGAAGCACUGAAUUUUGAAAUAGUUGAUCAACUACCGGCAAUAACUGUUGUUGUUUUGUUGGCGAACAUUGGCGGUAAUCUUGGAUUGUUCACAGGCGCAAGUGUUCUCACUGCUGUCCAAGUAUUGGAAUAUUGCUAUGAUGAGGGUAGUUUUCAAUACAGCAGAUUUAACAAGAAUAACAACAAAGUUGGUAAUGCUGACGUCAGCCGAUUAGCGGGCAGGUCAGCUCAAAAUUCAAUGCGCAUGGGCGAUGUACACAGCAUUAUGGAUUACGACAUACACAACCACCAUUAUAACCGUCACCGAUAGCGAUUUCCCUCUGUGAUUAUACAAUACUUAUAUUUAUAUUAGAGCAUAUUAUGGAUUUUAAGCAUCUAAUUUUGAAAGAAAUAAUUUAUUUUAGUAUUCCAUGUUAAUUUGUUUUAUCACACAAGUAUGACAAACUACCAAACCCAGCAUCACUAUUACAUGAUGCAAUAAUUUAAUAACAAUAAUGAUAAAGGUAUACCUAAAAUUGUAGAAAUAAUAAUAAUAAUAACGAUAUUAAUAUAUACUGGCAGCGCUGCUCUGCUAGCGACAUGUUUGUUCAUAGCAGACUUUUAUUGUAGCAGACUUAUUGUUUUUAAAUUUUUGCUGUUUCCUCUGUGAUUUUAUCUUUUGUGUCUUGUUUUAACUUACAUUUUAACUGUGAACAAACAAGAAGAAUUUCAAACCAUGUUCUCACUGUGUUUGACAAUAAUAGUUGAAUUGAAUUGAAUUGAAUUGAAUUAAUAAUAAUAAUAAUAAUGAAAUAAAUAACGUGGCAUUUAUAAACCACCUUUCUAAGACAUUAAAUCACCGUACAUAUAAAAAUAAAUAAUAAAAGGACAAAAACCAAUACAGAGAAAACUGCCGCGGCACCGCCAAUGCUGGUUUUCAAAGUGUUCAUUAUAAAAAUAGUAAAAAUGUGGUUUUAUUUAUAUAGUGCCUUAUAGGAUUGAAUAUAAAUAUUUAUAUUAUUAUAUAGCAUUUUCUUCUCUAUCUGAAUAUUCUCACAACUAUCAUUUUCUUUUCUUUGAAACACGGCCAUUUAUUCAAAAUAUUAGUACAAUUAUACAUUAUUGAUGGCGCGCUAAUAGGCAAUUAGUAUAGUCGUAUUCUAUACAAUAGAGAACGAUUACCGUAUUAAAUGCACAGAGGGUAACAGAUAGUGCAUUAGAUGUAAAUGUGUGUACAUAGGAAACUUGCAUUAGGUCUAAUGAUUAUGUACAAUUGACUUGUUAAUCAUUUAUGGCGUUGGCGUUUGCUGUUUAGUAGGUUAAAUCCUAAAUUAUGUCCUCUCUAACUUUAAUAUUUUAUUUAAUAAUUUUCAUUUCGACAAGAAUAAUAUGCAUAAGAUGUGAUAAACUACAAUUUUUGUUUUUGGCAUGUAGUGACAGAAUAUCAUAUUCACUUCAGAAUAGCCUAAUCGCGAAUGGCAACGGCCUGGAUUGAGGGAUAUAAUAUCAUUAUAAGACUUGCUCAAAAAUCAAAAGAGUGGGAUUUAUACUCUCUGAUACUCAGUUGUAGCUUCAUCGUUUCAAUUUAUUUUGUUUUAUAAAAUAGUGUAAAUAAUACAUAGGCCUAGGUGUCUUUUGAUAUGUUGAUGAUCAUAUAUUUCUUAAAUUUAUUUUACGUUUCACGUAAUGGGCGCGGUGCUUUUAUAUAUAUGUGAUUAACUUGAACUAUUAUGUCCUUAAUACAUCGCAUUGAAUAGAAGAGCAGUUAUGUAUGGACGGCCUCCUGAUGGUGGUGCCGAAUAUAACUACCUAUUUCAAUUGUUUGUAUGUAAGCGACGGUUUUAUGUUGUUUCCGAUACACUUAGAAAUGAUGCUGUGUUUAUAGGUUACGCUUAGGCUAAACCGUCUAUAUUGUAAUUAAAUCCCAUAAAAUUAGAAAUAGCAAUUAUUGCUAUAAUGAAUAUGUAAACAUAAAUGUCGUUUAAAUAUCACGUUAUGUGAUGUGUAUUUAUCUUUUAUAUGAUCCAAAAAAUUGUGUAAGAAGGUGUUACAAUUUACAUUUCUUCUUACAGCUAGUAGGCGAAACGUCAAGAGAAGAAAUUGAAAUUAUAAAUAGGUAACACCUUUUUACAUUACUUGACUUCUUUUUACAUCAUAAAGAACAUAAUGUAACUACACAUUUAUCAUAGAACCCAUAAGCUUAUUCCUCACUGAUUUACUAGUUAUGUGCUGCGUAUGUCAUUACAUGGCCACAACAUCGCAAAAAAAUAAUACGCGUACGACGUACGUACGUACGUACUGCAUGGUGCAAUCUUAGCUCACGAGAGAGUAAAAGGCCUAACAGGUUUAUGUAUUUUACCUUUCAGAUUGCAGUGGUAUUACGAAUAAAAUUAAUGAAAAUGCUUAUUAAAGAAUGCCUUAAAAUUAGAGACA